AUGAACCGCGUCGACGAGGGACUCGAGCUGGCUGAGACCGAUGCUCGGUCUCAUGCUCUUGAGAAGGAGGAGGGCCCUGGACGGCCCUCCUCGUCAGGGACCACUGGAUCGACCGGUUACAGCAGUUCCAUCGAUGAAUACAAUCCUCAGCUGCACACCCUCCAGUCGCGAACCACCGAGGUCGACCUCGAGCGCCAUCGCACGAGUACCUCCCAUGCCCUGAGCCGGAUCGAAACUCAACGCCUUCAACAUGCGAUGACCGUGGGUGAGAGUGUCAAGUCGCGCGCCUCCCGCGCACCAUUGCCUCGCAUGGGUGCCAACAAGGAGUACCCGCCGCCUCUACCGGAUCGUGAGGAUUAUGUCGUCGAGUUCGACGGACCAGAAGACCCCCUAUAUCCCCAGAAUUGGGCGUUAUCGACCAAGUUGUACAUCAGCGCCAUGCUGGCCUUCACCAGUAUCUGCAGUACCUUCGAUUCGGCCAUCUUCAGCUCCUCGACCACCAAUGUUGCAAGGGUGUUCGGUGUCGGCAUCGAAGUGGCCACGCUCUCCAGUUCGCUGUAUAUUUGUGGUUAUGCAUCCGGUCCGUUAGUCUGGGCGCCCCUGUCCGAGCUCAAGGGCCGUAAGCCCCCUAUCGUCGUGGCCAUGUUGGGAUUCGGAAUCUUCAACACCGCCGUCGCUGUCGCCAAGGAUCUGCAGACGAUCAUGAUCUGUCGCUUCUUCUGCGGUGUUUUCGGCAGUUGUCCGCUGGCUGUUGUGGCGGCUAUCUUCUCCGAUAUCUACAACAACCGCACUCGUGGUGUCGCCAUUGCCAUGUUCGCUAGCACUGUGUUCCUGGGACCGCUCCUGGCACCGUUUAUCGGAGGUUUCAUCAACUCGUCGUACCUGGGCUGGCGCUGGACUGCAUAUAUUCCCGCAUUCAUGGGUUAUGCUGCAUUCGUGAUGAACACAUUUUUCCUGAAGGAAUCCUAUCCGCCAGUCAUUCUGGUCUCCAAGGCCGCGGAGCUGCGCCGUCGCACCAAGAACUGGGGUAUACACGCGAAACAGGAGGAAAUCGAAGUCGACUUGCGAGAGUUGGUGGUCAACAACUUCUCCCGCCCCAUUCGGUUGCUGAUCGGAGAGCCGUUGAUCCUCGCGGUGACCAUCUAUCUCAGCUUCAUCUAUGGCUUGCUGUACUGCUUCCUCACGGCAUACACUCUCGUCUUCCAGGGUGUGUACGGCAUGUCCGCGGGUAUCGGUGGGCUGACUUUGUUUGGCAUGGUCGUCGGACUGGUCAUUGCGGCGACGUACAUCGUGCUCGACAGCCGGGGAUACAACAAGAAGCUGGAAAAGAACGGCGGUAUUCCCGUGCCGGAGUGGCGUCUUCCCCCUGUGAUCGUCGGCGGUGCUCUCUUCGCUGCCGGUCUAUUCUGGUUCGGCUGGACCGGUCACACGAAGAGCAUCCCAUGGAUUGUCCCCACGCUGAGUGGACUGUUCACUGGGUUCGGCCUGUUGAUCAUCUUCAUCCAGUUGUUCAACUAUCUGAUCGACACGUACCUGAUGUUUGCUAACGGAUCUAGUGCCGCAUCCGCCAUCGCGGCCAACACCUUCUGCCGUUCCCUAGUGGCCGCCAGCUUCCCCCUCUUCUCGCGUCAGAUGUUCGACAACAUGGGUAUCCAAUGGGCCGCUACGCUGCUGGGAUGCGUGGCCGCUGUAUUGGUCCCUAUCCCCGUUUGUUUCUGGUUUUUUGGAAAGAGUCUGAGAAAGCGAAGCAAGUUCGCCCCUUUCUAUGAAAAGGUGGCCGAAUCGCACGCCGCUGAUGACGGAGUUGAGGAGGAGAACGGAAUUCUGGAGGCUAAUCGCUCAUAA